CCUCUCUCUCACACGCCUCCAAACACAUGCACGGUUAAAGAGGUGGGCACUACUAUAGUACAAACCAGACCGGAUCAUCUUUACCCUCAAAGUUCUCUGGUCUUUGUCAUCUAUUUAGCAGCUUCGCUGUAAAUGCAGCUUGGAUUUACCUCAUCUGUUGAUGGGGAAGAAGGGAGGCAGCUCAUGGUUGACUGCUGUCAAAAGAGCUUUCAGAUCUCCUACUAAAGAGGAUGAAGAAAAGAAGAGAGAGAAGCGAAGAUGGAUAUUCAGGAAGCCCACAAACCAAGAAACGACGGAGACACAGCAAACCCCUACAAAUGCUGCCGCUGCUGCUGCUGCUGCUGCUGCACCGACAAACCAUGAGUCGGCAGCGAAGGCGGCUGCGGAUCGAAAGCAAGCGCUAGCGGUGGCGGUGGCCACUGCCGAGGCUGCAAUGGCCACUGCCCAAGCGGCUGUGGAGGUGGCUCGGCUGACCAGGCCUGCUAAUCACGGUAGAGAGAAAUAUGCUGCAAGUGCCAUUGUUAUUCAGACCGCUUUUAGAGGGUAUUUGGCGAGGAGAGCGCUUCGUGCGCUUAAGGGGCUGGUGAAGUUGCAGGCUUUAGUGAGAGGUCAUAAUGUUAGAAAGCAAGCAAAGAUGACUCUUAGGUGCAUGCAAGCGCUGGUUCGGGUACAGGCUAGGGUGCUUGACCAACGCAUGAGGCUCUCCCAUGAUGGCACCAGAAAAUCCACAUUCAGCGACACAAAUAGCGUUUGGGAGUCGCGGUAUCUUCAAGACAUUUCAGAUAGAAAAUCGAUUUCAAGAGAAGGAAGUAGUAUAGCAGAAGAUUGGGAUGAACGACCCCACACGGUUGACGAAGUGAAAGCCAUGUUGCAGCAUAGAAAAGAAACUGCGAUGAAGCGUGACAAGACUCUGUCUCACUCCUUUUCUCAACAGAUUUGGAGGACUGGUAGGAGCCCAUCAAUUGGUAAUGAAGACGAGCUGGAAGAGAGACCGAAAUGGCUCGACCGUUGGAUGGCCACGAAGCCGUGGGAUCCCCGGGGAAGAGCCUCAACUGAUCAAAGAGACCCCAUCAAAACCGUGGAAAUGGAUACCUCCCAGCCUUGCUCAUACUUGGCUCCUACUUUCCGGAGGCCUAAUCAAAAUCAGUAUCACCAACACCAACAACAAAGACCCAGUUCCCCACUCCACAGAAGCCACCAAAAUCUACACCCGCACCACUCCCCUGCCACACCCUCACCGUCGAAAACCCGGCCAGUCCAAGUCCGGUCGGCGAGCCCUCGUUGCUCUAGAGAAGAUAAUAGAGCCUUCCACACAUCUCAAACACCAAGCUUAAGGUCCAACUAUUGCUACAAUGGCAGGGGUGGAACAAGUAGUAGUGGCAGUGGUUGUGCUACAUUGCCUAAUUACAUGGCCGCAACGGCGUCUGCUAAGGCUCGUGUGCGAUCUCAGAGCGCGCCAAGGCAGAGGUCGUUAACACCGGAGAGGGAGCGAGUUGGGUCGGCGGCAAAGAAACGGCUUUCGUUCCCGGCACCGGACCCUUAUGGUUUGGGAAUGGGGUAUGGAGGUCAUGGGCAUAACUUGAGGAGCCCGAGCUUUAAGAGUGUUGCUGGAACACAUUUUGGGAUGGAGCGUCAGUCCAACUAUUCCUCUUGCUGCACUGAUAGCCUUGGUGGUGAGGUUUCUCCUUCUUCAACCAGUGACCUUAGAAGGUGGUUGAGGUGAUUAAUGGUUAAUGUUGAUGAUGAUAAAGGUAUGACGUAUGACUUGUAAGGUUUUCUUUAUGAUCCUUUGAAGCGCAGGCUUCAGAAAGGUUUUCAAUUUAAUUUGUGUGUGAGAUAUAUGUUGGUCUGACCAGAAAAGUAAAAAGAUCCAGAGGUACUUAAAUGGGAUCUGAUCGAUGUAGGAAACAGAGUGAGUACUGAGUAGUAUUGGAUAGGUAGUCGGAUGAUUCAAGGGUUAUUUUUAUUUUGCUAAGAAAAAUUGGUAUUUUUAUUUCC